AAAUAACAAGGGUGACUGAGAGUGAUCUUAGAACGAAGAGAAUGCCCGGUUACGAUGAUUUCAGAGUGAAGAAAGUCGAUUCUACAUUGAGAUAGGAACGUCCGUUUGCGUGGAAUCGUUUUCUUUUGUACUUUGGAGGAUCGCAAGGGAAGUGCCGAGUUUCGGUGAAUUGGGCUGAGUUCUGCAGAUUACCAGACGCGAAUUUGCAUGAUGGAAACGGAAGGCAAGGUGAAGCACAACAUCGAUAAACUCGUUGAUGAUUUGAAGUGUGCGGUGAGACUUGAGGUCUCCGAGGAAAAAUGUCCUGGUAUCGUUCAAAUAUUGGAUUCUGUAGUGAAUGUUAGCAAAACAUCGAUCGGAGAAGCUACUGAAUUAGUCAUUGAUGAAGUCUUCCUGAUACUGCUCGGGCAUAAGUCUAAAGAGAUUGUAGCGAAAACUGCGAAAGCCAUCGCGGAGAUCACAAAGACUGAUCAGGGAAGGGAGAGAUGUACUACCAUAGAAUUGAUAUGGAAAUUAAUUGAUUUGCUGAAAGAAGAGGACAUUGACAUACUGACACAGGCUUCUAGAGCACUAGGAAACAUCUGCUAUGAGAAUGAGAAUGGUAAAAAUUUGGUGAGAGAACAGGAUGGUUUGAGAAUAAUCUUAAUGGUACUGAAAAAAGGGAUUGCCUUGGAUAAUGUUGAAGGUGCUGGAUUUCUACGAGAUGUAGCCGCUGGACUUUUAUUGAAUUUUUUGGUGGACCAGGAAACAUUGUAUAGGAAGGCACUCGAGGAGAACAUGAUACCAAUUAUUUGUAGCAUUUUGGAUAAAGAUGGAAUCAGCGGUGGGGAAGCAGCGGUGCAUGCAUUACUCACUCUUAGUAUAUUGAACGAUGUGAAUAUUAUUUUUCUUGAUGAAAGGUUGACGAAAGUUCUGGUUGAUAUAUUGGCCAAUGAUACAUCUUCCGAGCUGUCUGAGAUGUGUCUAGAACUUUUGCAUGGCCAAGCGGAGGAUGAAAAAGCAAAGCUGUUGUUAGCCAAGGCAGGAGUGUGCGAAUUGCUUUUGAAAUUACUAGAGAAACACGGUCCACAGUGCAAUGAUGAAGAAACGCGAUCGAUUCUUAAAGUUGCCUGCAACUUGAUCGUUUUGAUUUUAACUGGAGAUGAUAGCAUGAAUUUCCUUUACGACGACAGCAAGGGUUCUGUCUACAGGAAGCUGGUUGAAUGGCUGGAGAGCGUUGAUGAUGACUUACAGAUCACCGCCGUUUUGGCCAUGGCUAACUUUGCACGAACCGACACGCAUUGUAAGCAUAUGGUCGAACAAGGCGUUCAUCGGAAACUAUUGAAACUCCUCGAAAAAAAUGGUACGAAAUCUGGCGAUAUUAGAUGCCAGCACGCCUUGCUCAGCGCCUUGCGCAAUCUCGUUAUACCCGCGGAUAACAAGUCGCUAAUACUCGCCGAUGGUCUCAUCGACGUUCUCUAUCCGAUGUUAGAAAUCCCCACAUUUCCCGUCGUCUUCAAAUUGUUAGGAACGCUGAGGAUGGUCAUAGAUCGCCAAAGAGAAGCGGCGAUCUCUUUAGGACAAAAGGAGGAUUUAAUUAAGCGGACAGUUGAAUGGUGCAGUAUUGAAGAUCACCCCGGCGUUCAGGGUGAAGCCAAUCGAUUAAUCGCCUGGCUAAUAAACAAUAGCAGGGAUAAGCAGAUUGCUUUGUCAAUUAUCAAGUACGGUGCAGUGCAGCACUUGGUAGACAUGCUCCUAGCGCAGCAUGCGGUGAUGCAGAACGAAGCGAUUUUGGCUCUGACGAUAUUAAUGAGUAUCUGUCCGAUAGAAUCCGAGGAGUUGCUGAUCAAGGCGGGCUUCGGUCGCAGCAUGUGCGAAUUCUUCGAAGCGCGCGCCAAUGAUCUUGACAUACACAUAGUAUUAAACGCGCUAUCUCUACUGGAUAGUGUUCUGCAAUCGGAUCAGCUGAAAGAGCAUCUCAAAAGCUGCGGAUUAGCCAAUGCCUGCAAAAGUUUGCGGCUGCAGAAAAAUGAAAAUGCUGCUCUGGAAACUCUGGAACUGCAGACUCGGGUCACUAAUCUGCGAGCGGCGUUGAGCACCGCCUGAGAAACGAGCUACGAUCAACAAUGACGAUGAUUACGACCCACUUAAAAAGUUGACGCGUUCGCGCGCGCUGCCAUUCCCACAUUGUUGUAUCUUCCAUCAGUCCAAAGAAUUGUGCUGACUUCUCCAAUGACCAAAUCAAUUGUUCCCAACUUGAUCCAUACAAAUUACAGAACAUAUUUUACUUAUCGAGAAAUAUAUAUUCUAUUGAUGU